AUGCGGGCGCACCGGCGGCACACGCACAGCCGGUCACUGUCGUCGGAGAAGAUCGACGUCCGGCACCACAGAUCUCGGACGACUAUCGGCCUCUCCGCCGGCCUGGCUCCCUACCUGAAGCCAGCUGCUGGGCUGAGAACCAAGAAUGAGGCCAGCCCGCGGCAGCAGCGCUUGGAGAAGGAGUGUGCACUCGCCAUGAGCACCAUGGCCCAGGGGUUUGAUGUCAAGGUGGCCGCUGACAACUCUGUCGAGGUGCGUUUAGGCAAGGGAGGGAGGGACGGAGGGAGAGGGGAGGGAUGCCUUUCCUGCGGCAUUGCUGUGUAUGUGUGUGUGUAGGUGAUAGUUCCUUCGCUGUUGUUGUCCCGACCUUUGUGGGUCGAUAUGAUGCCGGUGUCUGAGAUAUCGUUCACCAUCAUGGCGUCACCUACGUUCCCGGCCGACCCGCCACACCUAUUCUGUCAAACGAGGGUGCGCAACGGAAUACCGCGCCUGAGGGUACACGUGGGCAGUGUGUGUGGUUCCUUCGUGCUGUUUGUUGGAUCCAGUUCUGUUUCCCUUCGUUGGUCGACGGUCGGGACCUUAUUUUUGACGUCAUGCCUGCACCCUGGUGAGCACGGUACGGCACUGCAGCGCCAACCUUUGCUCCAACAAAUGGAUGGACGGAUGGCUGGUGCAGGGGCUCCGUGUCGUUCGACCAGAUCAUUCGGGCCCUGCCCAGCUUCAUCGGUGGGUACUCAGAUGACUAACUGACCCACACGCAGACAGACAGGCAAAGCAGAGCCUCUUUCUUCCCCUGUCUGUCUGUCUGUCUGUCUGUCUGUCUGUCUUUAUCUCAUCCCAGACCGCGUCGCCACUUGCUGUCCCGCUGCCAACUCAAGGUAAGCACUCAGAAGACACACUUCACUCACCCACUCACCACUUGCUAUCCCUGCCAUCUAUCGGUUGUCAGUUCUGACCCCCCCUCCACCCCGGCCACCCCGGCUCCCAUGCCGCUUGAGACGCCCAAAAGCCCCUACACACUCCCACCGGGAUUCUUCCGCCGUCGUCUGCCUUCGAUGCUUGAGACUUACAUCGACCCUGUGAGCGGCCUGUCGAUCGUGCCGUGCUUCGAGUGCUCGGAGCUUCAAGCGAGCCGUGAGGAAAAGGAAAAACCCCUUUCCUUCGAGCUGCAGUGGACUGGGAGGCGAGUCUGCAGGAUCGACAGAAGGUCGGACAGUUACGGUGUGGGGUGGGCUGAUCUGGUCGUCAGUCAUAUGUGUGUGUGUGUGUGUGUGUGUGUAGGUAUUUGUUUCUGUCUGAGGGUGCCUUGUGUUGUAUUGAAGAAGUGUGCAAGAAGGGGCGCGCCCCGUCGGAGGGGUCGGAAUUCACUGACAAGUGAGUAUGAUCAAGCAAUGUCGCCGUGCCGCCGUGCAUCGCUCUUGGAUAUGGUGUGUGGUGGGAUGUGACGUGACGUGAUGUGAUGUGAUGUGUUGUCUUGUGUUGAGCAGUGGCACUGAUUCCUUGCAGCAGGCGCCGCGCGAGAAGGGGGACGUCAACGAGUCCACCACGUUGAACUUUGGGCGAGCUUUGGUUCGCUCUGGAACGGAUGCCUUGGAGGCGUUGGGCCAUCUGGCGAUGUGCGGAGAGGUCAAGUUCUGGGGCCACCUGCCGCUGCUCGAACACGUCAUACGCAGGGUCAGGAGUGGGUGGGUGGGGUGGGUGGGGUGAAAGCCUGGGUUGGCUUGGCGUGUGUGGAUGUGGUGUGGUGUUGGAUGGAUGGAUGCAGGGCAAUGAAGUGACCUUUGUGUUCGGCCGGUCGUCGCACAGCAACAUACCUGAGGAGAUGAUGUGUGCCGACAAACAGGUGGCUGUUUGUGGGUGGGUGGGUUGGUGCACUUCACCUACCUACCUGGCUGGCUGGCCGAUUCGGUCGUCACCUUACCAUCUUUGCUUACGCCAUGUGGUGGGGUGGGGUGGGGUGGUGCGGUGUGGUGUGGUUGGUGCAGACCUUGAUAAUGGAGGUGCCAAAGACCUUCCUGCGCAUCCUCGAGGCACACAUGGCCAAACUCAAAUGCCGUUAGUAGACACAGACAGACAGACAGACAGACAGAGAGAGAAGAUCUGAUAAAUAUGCUUGUCGCUCCCACCCCACCCAUGUGUGCAGAGUGGACCACUCGUGACGAGACGGAGGGGCCGCAGAGGAUGAUUCGGGAGGUGGAGUUUGAACGAAGGCAGCUCAUUGUGCGAAUCCCAAGCGACAGCGCACCCGAAACAUGUACCGACACACCGCCAAAGACACAGGAAGACAGCACGACAUGGCACCCCUCACCCCAACUUCCUUCCCAUUUCUCUCUUUCAGUGGCCAAGAAGACCUACACCUUCACAAUGAAGAACACGGGUCUGCCCUUCUCUCGGUCCGCCACGUUUGACGACGUGCGGCUCAACGGCCAGACCACCUGCGGGCGGGAGGAGACCGCCGAGGAGGGGGUGGGCCGUGACCGUGACAUCAGCAUCAUCACCUUGCAACGUCCCGCCGAGGAUGCGACCAGGAGUGAGAGGAUCAUGUGGCGCAUGGGCAGGCGCAUCCACAAGACCAUCCAGCCUCUCACCACGUGGUUCCAAGAGGUAGGUCCAUACCUGCAGAAGCCUUCAUUCCCUCCACGUGCUGUAUGUGUGAAAUCGUGUCUGCAGGCGGUCGAGGACGGGUCUCGCGGCAUGUCUCGCGCCAUCGCCAGCCCCAACCGGUGGCAGCUGUUCGCCCUGGGGCCGACCCUCGAGACGCUCUCUUUCUCCAUCAUCCUCCUCAACUGCAUUGCUGUCGGCCUCGAAACAUCACUCAGGUCAGUCGAGAUGACAACACGAGAUCCCAGUGGAGCGAGGUCGUUGCGCAUGGCGUGGAUGCUGAUUGCAGGGCUCAGCGUGCCCAGCGUCAGAGCGACGAGGAAAAUCCGGGGGAAGACUGGCGUGAGCACCGCUACUGGGAGGACGUGCUUCGGAUCAUCCAGUACUGCUGCCUGGCCAGCUUCGUUGUGGAGAUCGCAUUCAAGCUGGUGGCACUUGGCGGGAAGUACUUCUUCACCGACCGAUACAACACGAUCGACCUCUUCAUACUGCUCAUUACGGUGCCGCCGUGGGUCAUCGCGUGGAUCAUCUACCGCAAACACGGCGGUGGCGGGGAGCACUACGCAACACAGGCGUGGAGGAAGCUGGUCAUCCUUCGUGUAUUCCGGGCGCUUCGGCUCGCGAGGGUCCUCAGGCACACGGCAUUUUUCAAAGAGGUGCGGUGCAGAGAGAGGGAACGGGGGCGACGCAACGCAACGCAACGCAACGAGCGUGUACCUCAUGUUUUGUGUCCUCUCUCUGUCGUGUCGCGUGUGUGUGUUUCCAUACAUCCCCUCCCUGAUGCAUGCCAUGCCAUGCCAUGCAGCUGUGGAUGUUGACGAGCGGCAUCACGUACAGCCUGAAGACCCUCCUCUGGGGAGCUUUCAUCACUGCCCUGUUGCUGUACGUCUUUGCGGUGUUCGGGACGACCAUGAUUGCACACGCCCCCAUGUACCGGGACUGCCUCCAGCUCCGUGACGAGGAUGAUCCUGAGUGCACUAACCCCAGGAAGUGCUGCGUGUUGAAGCUGAAGGACGGAGAGGACAUCACGAGAGAGGAGGCCUACGAGAGGGAGUACGAGAGGGACUGGCGGGUGCAAGACCAUUUCGGGACCGUGGUGCAGUCGAUGAAGACGUUGUUUGGGAUCAUGACACUCGACGACUGGGUGAGGGGUGAGAUGGAGUUGGGUCGAGAGACCAAAAGACCUGUGCGUUCUUUCUUUGGAAUAUACAUAAUGUGUGUACGUCUGUUUGUGGUGCAGGGUGAGACGGUGGAGGAGGUGAUUGAGACGCAGCCGUGGAUGUGGCUCUUCUUCGCCAGCUUCAUCGCCGUCAGUGUCUUCGCUCUCACCAACCUCAUCACCGCCGUCCUUGUCGAGAGCGCCACACACGUAAGAACCCAUCCAUCCAUCCAUUCAUCCAUUCAUCCAUUCAUUGGUCCGCCCACCACGCAUCAUGAUCCUUUGUGUCUUUGGUCAGAUCGCCCGUGAGGACGAGGCGAUAGAAAAAGAGAGGGCCUUCACAAAGCUGAGGCGCACCCUCAUGCGCCUGAUCGACGAUUUCUACGACCACGGCCUCCACGCGGGCGCCCCCACACGGUCGUCGGGCACGCCCCUGACGCAUGACGUCGAUAUGGUCUCCCGCGCCACACUGAGGAAAGUUAUCGCGUCACCUGAGCUAAAGGUGAGUAGACCAGCCCGAAGACGGGCUGCGAGGGAUGGACGGACGGACGGAUGGAUGGAUGGAUGGGUGUGGUGCAGCCUCUGUUGAAGGUUUAUGAGGUUCACGAGCCCGAGUUGGCUCUCCUGGUGGAGGAGCUGUUCGACGGCAGGAGCCACCAGACAAUUAGAGUGGAUGAGUUUAUCUUCGGCGUCCAGAAUUUAAGGGUAAGUAGAAGAGACAUGCACACAGACAGACAGACAGACAGGGAUGCAAUGGUGCCCCCAUCGCCUUUCCUUUGUGAUUUCAGGGUCCCGCCAAGAGCAAGGAUCUGUUGCACCUGAUGGGCAACAUCAAUGCCAACAAGGAGGCCAUCAUCAAGAUGCACAACGAGCACAAGAGCCUCCUCCGGGCACAGCAGCGACAAGUCAUGGCCAGCAUCAACGAGCUCAGGGACACCCUCGCGUAAGCAAGAAGCAUCACACACGCGCGCAGAGAUGUCAGGCAGACGGACAAGGACGCCUGUCUCUGCUUUCUCCCUUCCUCCCUAUCCUCCCUGCCUUCAGGGUUCUCUCCCGCGACACCUGUUCGAUCUUCACGAGCGACACCUUGACCACCCCGGGUCAGGGUGCGACUGUGGCUCCCGUGCGCGCCAUGUCCCCCGGCCGACACAGGAGCCCCGACAGCUAUGGAGGGUGCAGUGGCGGUGGCAAUUUCCUGGACAGCAUCUCCUCGCCCGUGCGGACGUCGACGGAGACGAUGGGAGGGGGGAGGGGGGUCACGACGGGAGGCCAUCGGAACACCACAAUCCACCGAUACGGUGGACGGGGGAGGAGGCACAGAUGA